UACAUGCUCGCACCCCUCCCGUCUCCGCACUCGACAUCCUCCAGCCUCUUUAAACUGUCUCCGCUGCCGAAACAGAACGACUUUUUCGGGUUUCGGUCUGUGUCUGUUCGCCCGCACACUCGCACACCUUUCUGCUUGUUUCGGAGGAUAUUUCUUUCUCUGGCGGAGCGUGUGGAGCACAAACCGAGCACAGACGGAGCUGUGUUUCAGGCUACUUCAGUGGGCGGGUAAAGCGGAGGAGGGCAUCCGGGCCUGGCAGCUCCGGAGGGUCGGCUUGAAAACGACGGAAUUCACCAUUUUCAGGCCGCACAUUGCCCUGUUAUGGAAAAGAUGAAGAGGAUUAAGAAGCGUCUGUCAUUAACACUCCGCCCCAGUCAGACCAUCGACGAGUCUCUGUCAGAACUGGCUGAGCAAAUGACCAUUGAAGAUGGUGGCACCAAGGACAACGAGCCCUUCAUGAGGAAUGGCCGCCCACCCACCUCCCACAGCAUGCACUCCUUUCUGCACCAGUACACCGGUUCCUUCAAGAAGCCGCCCCUGCGCCGGCCACACAGCGUCAUCGGAGGCACUCUGGGAUCUUUCAUGGUGAUGCCGCGCCAUGGCAGCCGCCUGGAUAUUGUCCACGAAAAUCUGAAGAUGGGAUCUGACGGGGAGAGCGAUCAGGCAUCAGGAACGUCUUCAGACGAGGUCCAGUCUCCGACGGGCGUCUGUCUGAGGAACAGGGUCCACCGGCGAAUCUCCAUGGAGGACCUCAACAAGCGCCUGUCUCUGCCUGCUGACAUCCGAAUCCCUGACGGCUACCUGGAGAAGUUGCAGCUUAGCAGCCCACCCUUCGACCAACCGCUCAGCCGACGUUCGCGCCGAGCCUCGCUGUCAGAGAUUGGUUUUGGAAAGUUGGAGACGUACAUUAAACUGGACAAGCUGGGAGAGGGAACUUACGCCACAGUGUUUAAAGGACGCAGUAAACUGACUGACAACCUGGUGGCGCUGAAGGAGAUCCGGCUGGAGCAUGAGGAAGGAGCCCCGUGCACAGCCAUCAGAGAAGUGUCAUUAUUGAAGGACCUGAAACACGCCAACAUUGUGACGCUACAUGACAUCGUUCACACUGACAAGAGCCUCACACUCGUCUUUGAGUACCUGGACAAAGACCUGAAGCAGUACAUGGACGACUGUGGAAACAUAAUGAGUAUGCAUAAUGUGAAGAUCUUCCUGUUCCAGAUAUUGCGAGGGCUGUCAUACUGUCACAAAAGGAAAGUUCUCCACAGGGACCUGAAGCCACAGAACCUCCUCAUCAAUGAGAGAGGAGAACUUAAACUGGCUGAUUUUGGUUUGGCCAGGGCCAAGUCUGUUCCAACUAAAACCUAUUCCAACGAGGUGGUGACUCUUUGGUACCGACCUCCUGAUGUUCUGCUGGGAUCCUCUGAGUACUCAACCCAGAUCGAUAUGUGGGGUGUUGGAUGUAUAUUCUAUGAGAUGGCUGCAGGUCGGCCUCUGUUCCCCGGCUCCACCGUUGAAGACGAGCUCCACCUCAUCUUCAGGCUACUGGGAACACCUACAGAGGAGAACUGGCCAGGAAUCUCUUCUAUCGAAGAGUUUAAAUCCUACAGCUUCCCCAAAUACAAACCCCAGCCAAUCAUCAAUCAUGCCCCCAGGUUAGACAGUGAAGGCAUCGAGCUGCUGCUGUCAUUCCUCAGAUACGAAUCCAAGAAGAGAAUUUCAGCUGAUGAGGCAAUGAAGCAUUCCUAUUUCAGGCAGCUUGGGAUGAGAGUCCACACACUGCCUGAGAGUGUAUCAAUAUUCACAUUGAAAGAAGUGCAGCUGCAGAGAGACCCAGGCUACAGGAACUCCUCGUAUCCAGAGUCAGGUAACAGCAAGAUCAACAGGAGGCAAAGCAUGCUGUUCUAGUGUUUCAUGAAGAAGACGCCCCACUUCAUCUACACCUCCCAGCAGCCUCUUGCAUGAGCCCACCACCCCUCGGAGUGACACCCACACCACCCAUUUAACUACACACACGCGCACGCAAACACUCAAUCUGAGCGAGUGACUCUGAGUUGAAUCUAUUUGGUGACUGUUUAUUUAUUGGGGGCGGGGGGGGAUGGGUGAGGUUGAACUUUUUUUUGCUGCUAAACUACUACUGUCUGUAUUUAACACAGUGUGUGUCUGCGCGAAGGCGCGCGUGUGUGUGUGUGUGUGUGUGUUUGCACAAUGUGAACUCGGGAUGCCAUGCACAGUUGAGCAGUCAGUAAGGUUACUAUUGUUCUCCUGACAACGAUCCUCCGGCUUCUCAUGAGUCAACUGAUGUUGAUGUCGAUGCUGUGGCCCAAGUUGUUGUUCUUGUUGUCGUCGUCCUUGGAGAUCGAAAGCUUCUUUUGUAAAAUAUGUAUAUCUCUAUAUACAUAUAUAUUUGGAGAUUAUGUUUUGUUUUUCUUCGAGCUUCCGUGACUGAACUCUACAACAUUUCCAGAAACACUAGAUGGUGUUGGUUGUCAUUUCUCCAAAAACAUUUAGGAUGGACUUGCAGAAGACCCGCUGCCCUCUGGGGUUAAACUGAAAAUCAGAGAGUGUGACUAUGACUGACAGCUGAAAGAAGCACACGCAGAGCUACAUGGUCUACAUGUGAACAUCCACCCCUUGCUUCUUUUUGACCACUGUUGCUCACCAACGGGACCAAAACUGAGGUGUGACGGGAGGGGAGGCAAGCAGAUGAAAGAAGAGGAAUACUGGAGCUGAAAAGGAAGUCAUGUGACUCCCACAGGAAGCCAGCAAGCCUUCCUUAAAACCUCUCACAGAGCUGCCAGGAUUUCAAUGCUUUGUUUCCUUUGUUUUCUUUUGUGUGUGUUUUUUUUUUUUUGUUUUUUUUUUAAAUAUAAAUGCAAACUACACUUUCUUGCUUUGUGUACAUUCGGAGAUGUCACUGCAGUAAUUCUUUGUGUUUAACUUGCACUUCAUGUGUGUGCGUGUAUUUUGUUUUUG